AUGAUGAGUGGUUACGUAGAAGAAGCGGAAUAUGCUAAACCAAUAAUGCCUAAGAGUAAAAAUGCUUUUAGGUCAAAGUAUAAGAAGAUGGCUUCGCAGGGUUAGAAUGAAGUAGAAGAGAUACCUUCAAAAAAAAGAAGGAUUUCCAAACUAUACGAUAGAAACGGAUAAAUAAAAAUACAUGACUUUGCAAAUAAUCUAAAGUAGUAGGACCAUCCAGAGGAAGAAGAACAGCCUGAUUAAACUAACUAGGAAAUUAAAACUCCAUCUGAAUAUUUGGAUGCAAUAACAACAAGCAUUGAUUGCCAAACAGAUUUAGGGCUAUAUUAGAUUGAUAAAUCUAUAACUGAAGCACCUAAAUUCAUUGACUGUAUGAGAGCAGCUUUCGCCUACGUUUUUGAAAAUAAAUAUGAUACUAUUUAUGCAUUUGAUUUGUCUCCUAAAUUGUAGUCACCAGAAGGCUAACUCAUUUACAGCGACGAUGAUUAUAACAACUAAGAGGAAUAAGACAAAGAUUCGAUCGCUGACAACUAAGAUAAUAAUUCUGGUAUGUCUCUCCAAAUGUCAGUUAAAGAUGACUUCAAAUAACCAGGCUCUGAAGAUGAAGAAGAACCUAAAUUCGACAGUAAAUUUGAUGCUAACAAAAUUGACAGGUUCCUAGACUUUGGAAUAAAUUACAAUUUCAACUCAAAUGACAAAUAUAACAAAAAUCCGAAUGAAAUAUUACUCCUUUAGGAUGUGAAUUAAAGAAUACUAGUGCUAAAAGGAAGAGACUAUGGAUACUAAUUCAAACUAAUAGAUAUGAUUGAACUUAAAGAUUAAACGAAAAAGAAUGUUAGAUAUACUAUGCAGAUAAUUGAUGGACUGCUUAUUUCCACCUAUAAAAUACUUUUCCUAGUUAAGAUCAACAAGUUUGUUUAGAAAAAUGAAAAAAGCGAUCCUCCAAAGAAAAAAGAAAUUAUCAAUGUAAGCCCUGAUAAAGUUUUCUACAGGCUAUAAGUAUGGGAAAUGCAUUAGGAUAAAAGGAAGAAACCAAUGGUAUUCGACAUAAAUGAUACUAUUUUCGAAGAAACAAGUUAGAAUUGGAGAGAGAAAAUAGCAUUCGAUUACAACAAUAAUGAGUUUUAUAUUCCAGAUUAUAAAGAUCAAGAAACUCAACAGUAGCAGGUCUAUAGAUUCUUAAUAAAUAACAAUACGAUAGGAAUAGUUGACUCAUUUUAUCUUAGCAUAGAAAAUAUCUUUGAUUAUAUUGGCCAUCAUGUAUUGAUAAAUGAUGCAAAGGCAAACUAAUAUAUUGAAGGUCUACUUUACACUGACAUGAUGACCUAUGAAAAUCUUCUUUUUAUAGCGCAUAGUAGAUUUCUCACGAUAAUAGACAUCAAUGAUUAUAAAAACAAAGCUAAUAUCUAACAUUUAACCCAGAAAAACAGAAACUAAUAUGGAUAUUAGCUUUUAAAAGAUGAAAAAUAAAGAGAAAUCCCUUCAUUCUAUGACUUCACCUACGAAAUAUUAUCUGUGUUCAUGCUUGAUAAAGAUGAUGUAGUUGAAAUUCAAUCUAGAUGGAAAGUUUUGUCAGUGUUUGGUGACGGUUAGGUAUCCGAGAUAAUUGAGGAUGGACCUAUUUAAGACAAUAGCAGUUUUAAAAUGCAAAAGUAUAUGUUUGAUAAUUUUUUGGUAAAUGAAGGGUUAUAGAAAGUUAAAAUACCAGGAAAAAUUUUGAAAAUCAUAAAAGAUAAUACAAGCACAAGUACUGUCCCUUUCUUUCUAAUUUAAAACAAUGAAUAGCUUAGUAUCAACACUUUCGAAAUGAGGAAAUAGGUGUUAAAAUCUUAUCAUUUCGAUUAAACAAAUAUUGACACAGAAUACAUAGUUAUGGACUCUGUCAAGCCAAAUAAUGAAGAUGUGCUAGUCUUUUCACCUAAAGAGGGUGAAUUUUAGCCAGAUUAGAUUGAGUCUAAAUAAGACAAGAAAUUUAAGUUGGUUACAAGGGAAGAAGUUCCUCGAGAAAUAGAAAAUAUCAAAACUUUGGUCUCAUCAUUUUCACAAUAAGGUUAAGUUUAUAUGAUUUUUCCAAAAAAGAUUCAAAGAUAUGAUAGAGAUUAAAAUACAAUAGAGGAAUAUGAAAGAAAUGAAUUUUAUGUUCCAAUCUAAAACCAUAUUUGCUUUGACUCUAUCGAUCAAUUAUCUGAAAUGAAGUCAAAAUCAUCUAAGAAAGAGUUGAGAUUGUUUGAAAGUGAAAAGCAAAUCUACCCACAUUUAUAAAAGAUAUACUAUGACAGAAUAGGAGAAUAAGUGGCUACAUUUGUAGAUUAUAAUAUAAUCAAGAUAUUUCCAAUACUUCACAGAAAUAGGAUUAGACUAAGAAACUCAGGGAAAAAAAAUUCAAACAACGACUCGCAAGUACAUAUAUUAGCAACAUGCAUGUUCGAAAAUUGCAUUUAUUCAUUGCACUCAGAUAACUCUCUUUAAUAAUGGCACAUUUAAACAGCUAAACUGAUAAAAAAGAAAUAACAGAUUCACAAGACAAUGGUAAUUGGAAAGCAAAACGAGCCAAUUGAGCUAGAUUUUAGUAAAUAUUAGUAUACAUAUUUGCAAAUUAAAAAUCAAAAGUCCAAUGAAUAGAAAAAUUAAAAUGAAUAAAAGAAUUCUAAUCAAUUUAAGCUUCCUCCAAUAAGGGCAGCAAUUAAUACCUAUAAAAAAGCUAAUGGUCCUAAAACUGAAACCGAAUAUAACAAGCUCUAAGAUUAGUAAGAAUCAGUAGAAUAACUAGAGGUUGAGGAAGAUUAUGACAUAUAUAAAGAAAAAAAUGAUCCAGAUUCUGAUAUUGAUAUUGAAAAUUAUGAUUAGAAUUAUGCAUCUACAAAUACAAAAAGUUUCAAGAAAUAAAAAAAUGAAAAAAAUAUGAUCUACUCCGAUUUCAGCAUUGAUUGCUAAAGCUAAUAUCCUAUAAAAAUGGCGGAAUACAUUAUCAUAGAAAUAUUAGAGAACAGCUCAGAAAUCUUUGUUGAGGAUUAAUUGCCUGAAUUAAAGAAAGUAAUGUCGGUAGGCUCUUAAAAUCACAUUGAAAAGUUUAAAAUAAAAGUACAUAAAAGAUUUAAUGGUCCUAAUUUGGAUGCUAACAACAACUUUGGCUUAUAUCUAAAUGAGGACUAAGACAUUGCUGCUUUCUACUUUAAGGAUAUAUUCAAAAACUCAUUAACCUAUUACUACAGAUUAAUUUCAUCUGAUGAAAACUCAAAUGUCCCGAAUGAUUCUUUAAGAUUUAUUAGCAGAUAGAAACCCAAUGUUCUAUUAUCAGUGCAUUCUUCAGAUUUCAAACAUUAUCUUAGAUAUAACCAAAAUGAAUAGCUAGAGGUAACUCCUUUCGAUGAAAAUAAGUCUGAUUUUAUAAUGACAAAAGAAUAAAAAGAUCUAUAUGAGCAAAUCAAUACCAAGAUUAGAGCUAUAUAUAAUGUGUCAAUGAAAGAAAGAGAGCCAUCGUUUGUUUCAAAGAAUGAAAUCUUGUUUAUGAGUUAAGACAAUAUUCUAUUAAGCUAUAAAAUUUUUGAAGAUCAAAGAGGAGGCUCCUCCGCACUGAAGGAAAUGUUUAAUGUAGCAUAAUGCAGGUUUCCAGGAUCAACUAAUAUUAUACCAUUAGAUACAUUCUAUAUGAUAGACAGUGCGAGUAAUAAUUUAAAAACAAGCUAAUUAAUUGGUUAAAAUUCCUUACUCUUUGAGAGAGAACCUCAUCCUAGAAAUCCUGCGAGAACUAUAGAGAGAGUUGCUCCUAAUUAUUUCAACUGGUUCUUCAAUCAAUCAGCUUGUUUGAAAUAAGAUCAAGAUGAUGCUAAUGAGAUGAAAUGCCUAUAAAUUCAUUACAAACAAAAGAUAGAAAUACAAUAUAGAAUGUAUACUGGCUACAUAUUUAGAUCAAAGAAUUACUUAGGACCAUAAGCUUACUAAACAGACGUCCAUAUUGUUAAUACCUUCAAUUUUUACUAAUGGAGAGCACUUACAUUAAUUAAAUAGCAAAGACUUCUAAUUGAAGAUAUUUCUUAAGCCUAACUCUAAAACUUGGCAUUUGCGCAACUUCAUAAUGGGAAAACGUUAUUGCACAUGCUAAGAAAUAAUCAAGAAUCUAUUAAGUCUCUAUAUAGCAUAGUUUAUGAUAAAAAUGUUGACCUAUAGCCAUUCUAUGUACCUGUUUUAGAAGAUUUCAAAAAUAACAAUGUAUUGCAGUUACUUCUCCUUGAGAAAAAGCCGCCAAUUGAUCAGAGAAAAGGAUUCUGUAGAAAGCUGCAAUUUGUUUAAUCAGAGUCAAUAAAGUCAAAACCUCAUAAACAAAAAUCAGAACAGAGCGUUAAAGACUAAGUAGCAAUGGAAAUUUUACGAAGAAUAGGUGAAUAUCCUUUCGAUUUAUUCAAAAUAAAGAUGUCAAAUGUAAUCUACGAUCUAAUGAGGAUAGAUAUCGUGCAAUUCUCUCAAUAUAUGGAUUCAAGAAAUAAGGUACCAAGUGUAUUAACUUAAAUAUAAAUGGCAAGAAUAUCAAAUGACUAUAUAAGUAUAAUGACAUCUGACAACCUUUGGUGCUAAAACUAGGCUGAAAUGAGAUACUACAUUGAAAAUCUAAGUCAUGAAAUGAGAAGAUUAGAGAUAAGGGUUUUAGAUGUCCCGUAUAUUCAUUUAAGCAAGAAUGUUUAUAAAGACAGGUACAAUAUUAAUUUAAUCUACGAACAGCUUGCAAGAACAGAUAAUGUUAAUGUCUUUUCAUACACAUCAGUUAGAGCAUUAAUAGAAAUCAAAUGGAACUAUAUCAAACAUAGAAUCUUCUACUGGCUUUUGCUACCUUAUAUUCUUCUGUUGAUUUUCUUUUCAUUCUAUACAUGCUUUGAUUUUAUGAUUUUCGAUACAUAUAUGGAUAACGGAAGUGUUUAAGCAUCUAGGGCACUAAGAAUUUUAGUUAUCAUCUUCACUUCAUAUCUAGCUAUUCUCGAAAUAAGAUAAGUGAUAAUAAGUGGCCUUUAAUAUUUCUAAAAUGGCUGGAAUUACAUGGAUAUUGCAAUUAUUAUCUUGAUCUACAUAGCUGAAGGUUUGCAGGGAUCAACGAUAGAAGGCAGCGAUAUAUCUGAAAGCGAAAGAAAUGAUAGAGAAAGAAACACGGCUGCUAUAAGAACAAUGGAAUCUUUUGUAGCUAUUUUACUUUGGCUAAGACUACUUUAUUUCUUCAGAAUUUUCCGUACUACUGGGUACUAUAUCCGUAUGCUAGUGGAGGUUAUUAAGGACAUCAAGUACUUCAUUUUCAUUUUUGCAUUAACUAUUAUUGCUUUUGCCCAUGCUUGGUUUGUAUUCUUGAAAAAUGGGAGUGAUAACAGUGGGAUGGAGUCAUUAAGUAUUUCAUUAGGUGUAGUAUAUAGACUUGCCCUAGGAGAUUUCAGCAUUAUUGACGAAUUUGGUGAUUAUAAAAUUGAAAUAAGUUGGCUAUUCUUUGUUAUCUCAUCAUUGAUUCUUCAGAUUGUGCUCAUUAAUCUUUUAAUUUCUAUUGUGUCAGAUACAUUUGCUAGAAUAAAAGCUAACUAUAAUGUAAUUAUGUAUAAGGAUAUGCUUCAUAUGAUUAUUGAGAAUAGAUUCUUAGCUGUGGGUGCUUUAGAAAAAUCAUUAAGAAAUAAGUAUCUAUUUGUAGCUAUUCCAUUACAAAAUGAAAAUUAAACGGCAGAGAUCGAUAAGAAAUUAGAAGAUUUGAUGAGUAUGAUGAGAGAUUAGAUGAGAGGUCAACUUGAGAUUUAGCAAAGAACCAAAAGUUUUCUUAAAGUUGAAGAAAAGGAAAAUAAUAUUCUAGAGAGACUUGAGAGAAUUGACUAUAACCAGAAACAGAUUCUUCUAAACAUGGAGAAAAAUCAUUGA